CUUUUCAAUUUGAAAAUAUUUGUUUCCAUUUGCACUUUAUCUUUCCUUUUUUAUUUUAACCCUUUUUUUUUUUCGUUAGUGAGAUUUUCACUAUCAUAUAUUUUGGUCUUCUUUAUAGAGCUACAAUAAGUUUUUUCAAUAUCUGUUUCUUUAACAUUUAAUCUUCUUUCCCUUUCAAUUUCUUGCUGAGAGAGAGAGAAAGAACUGACAUGAUGGGGCAGAAUCGUUUUCCAGAAGAAAGGAAAAGAGAUUGGCUUGGUGCCCUUUUGAAGUGCGGCUUUGGAUGUUGUGAAGAACACAAAGACAUUAGGUUUAAUGAGAAGAAUGUGUUCUGCAUAGAUUGCGUAGCUGGCUUGUGUAGGCACUGCAAGGAAGCUCAUUCUCUCCAUAGAAGGUUUCAGAUAUACAAAUAUUCCUAUCAGGAUGUUGUGCGCCAUUAUGAUCUUCAGAAGUAUUUUGAUUGCUCAAAUAUUCAGACUUAUGUGUCCAACAAUGAAAAGAUUGUGCAUCUCAGACCCCGGACUUCAACCAAAGAAUUCAAGCUAACAAGAAAAUCCAAGUUUGAUAAUCUUUGCUCUGAGUCUAAUGCCAAAGAAGUCAAAGUAGCAACACCUCCAAAGUGGGGUGGUACUUGUGAAGAAUGUGGAAAGCAUUUACAAGAUGAGCGCAAUCGAUUCUGCUCCAUUACAUGCAAGAUCUCAGUGCUUCCUCACCAUGCACAAAGGAUUCCAGAGGAGGGUGUUGACCAACAUGAUAACCAAAACUCCGAAACUGAGUCAUCUAUAUCUGUAGCUGAGCCAUAUGAAUGUUUUGAAGUAGUGACUUUAAGAAAGCGCCCAAGGAAAGCCAACCCUCAGAAAACAUGUUAUUUUGUCUUCCCUUGUUGAAAAUUUGUCCUUAGUUUUGCUUACAGUUCUAUUUUUGCUUUACAUUUUUGGAGAAUAAGAAAUUUUGGAACAUUUGAGGAACCUCAACUCAACCCCUCUGUAUCCCAUUUUGUGGUUCAAAGUUGGGAAUUCAGGAGCUUUGGAACUUGCUGAGAUUGUACGGCGCACAGGGUUGAUAUUAAAAUUAAAGAUGUAUAGGAUGUACUUUGGUUACUUUUGAAUUCCAUCCUUUUCAGCUCUAAUAGUGAACUGGAAAUUAGUAUCCCUUAGUUAAAUGAUGCUUUUCAAACAAAAUUAUUUAUGGUGAUUAUGCAAACUUACAAGUUACAAUAUG